GUAGGAUAUAAGUGAAAAGAAAGUUGGAACAAAACAUAGAAGUAGUAAAAAUACAAAAUUUGUAGUAUUUAAGUGAAAUAGCAUCGUAGAAACAAGGCCAACAACAUGGACUUGGUCAUUACACCUGAACCCCAUUUCGUUCCCGGCUACACUGGCCACUGUCCACAAUUUCGUUUCCGCGCUGGCAAAACGUAUGGUAAACUAACACAUAAACUGCUCAUCGAUCCCUGUGUCAUACACGCGCCCGAGUUGAUUGUAACGCCGUCAAAUCGAGAACCACUAUCGCUCGAAUAUCCCACUGUACAUGAAACUGAACUGCUAAAUACCCGCGAAAAAUUUGUUGAUCCAGUUUAUCGUCAUCCCAUCAUACCCGGCUAUGAUGGUUUCGUACCAAAUCUCGCAUCUAAAAUUGGCAAGCGAUAUAUUGCCGCCGCUACAGCGGGUAUGGCCGAACACGAGUUGCUAAUGGAUCAGUUGCGCUGUGAACGCAGAAAUUUACUUCAUCGUGAUAUCUUAGGCAGUGGCUUGGGUGUGUUUGAAAGGAAAAUGAACGAGCGUUUGCUUCCCCUUACAUAUUAUCGGUCACCUUUAAUACCCGUCAAGGCACGUGCAAGAGCUUUAAAAAAUCUGGAUUGUAGUUAUACGAAUAAGGAAGCACCUUACUCCAAAUUUACUGCGCCACAUUUCAUGGAAAACGAUGACAAGGAGAAGUAUAUUGUUAAUGGCUAUGGCGGUCACAUUCCUAUGGCGCUGACGCGUUUUGGCGAAACUAACAAACAAUUAACCAAUUCCGCACUAUGUGAAUUCACCAAUAACUACCAUCAUCGGCGAAGUGCAGAAUGGUGUCCACAAGAGAAUGCGGGCAUUGGCAGUUCAUGUCCGAAUACAGGACACUUUGUCAUUUACCAUCGUACAAUCGGCAUGGUUCCUAGCUAUGCAGGACAUGUCCCUGGCGAAGCGUUCACAUUCGGAAGGACGUUUGGUAAUGCGACGGUAGAUGCCAAGUAUUGGUUGGCGCUGCAUAAAAAUUAAGUAGAGUGCGAUAUUGCUUGUAUAUACAAAUUAAAAAUACGUAAGGGCUGUUCAGGAUCUUGUGCAUGUGCUCUUGCAUUUGCAUAUUCGUUGGAUUUGUAAAUUUACCACAAUAAAAUGCACACGGUUGCCAUGGCAGCAAA